AGAUGACCUAGAAGAGGACAUGAGGGAAGAUAAAUGAGAAAUUAAAGAAAAUGCAAGCUCAGGGUGAGCAUAUGGGUUAAAGGAGAUUCGAUGGUGUGUUAUUUCCACUCUUGAGAUGAACAAGUGCAUGAAAAUGAAAGAAGCUUUUGAAUCUGCCAAAAUAUAUCCUUCCAUGUCCUGCGUUCUAGCAGCCUCGGCAUUGGACUGUGCAGAAAAGAUAGCGAACAAGGAAGCCGAUGCUGUGUCAUUGGAUGGAGAGACUCUCUAUCGGGCUGCAAAGGAAUAUAAACUAAAGCCCAUUAUUGGUGAAACGUAUGAUCAAGAAGCUGGAACCCUUUUUUACGCAGUGGCUGUUGUCAGAAAAUCAGACAGUUCAAUCACUAUCAACAAUCUGAAAACAUUAAAAUCCUGCCAUACUGGAUUCUGUAAAGCAGCAGGGUGGAGUGUUCCUAUUGGUUAUCUGAUUAACACUGGGAAAAUGUCUGUGAUGGGUUGUAACAUUCCAGAAGCUGUCAGUGAGUUUUUCUCUAAAAGCUGCAUCCCUGGAGCACAACAUAUACACUUUCCACCAAGCCUCUGCCAGUUGUGUAUUGGUGACGAGAAAAAUCAAAAUAAAUGCGCUGACAAUGCUAAUGAGAGGUAUUUUAGUGACAGUGGAGCAUUCAGGUGCCUAGCUGAACAAGCAGGUGAUAUUGCCUUUGUGAAACAUUCUACUGUACUGGACAAUACAGAUGGAAGUAAUCCUACAAAAUGGGCAAAGAAUCUUCAUUCAAGUGAUUAUGAGCUUCUGUGUCGUGAUGGAAGUCGUGCUGAAGUAACAGAUUGGAAGAUGUGCCACCUUGCCAGAGUGCCUGCCCAUGUAGUUGCAGUGAGACCUGAUACCGAUGGCACUGCUGUAUUCAACGCUUUGGAUGCUGCACAGAAAAAAUUUGACAUUACCUCAACUGGAUUUAAGCUAUUUGAUUCAGCUUCAUACAAUGGCAAAGACUUAGUGUUUAAGGACUCCAGCAAAGAACUCAUGCUGAUCAAGAAUCAAACUUACCAGGCCUGGCUGGGCUCAGAAUAUCUUCAAUCCCUGACUGGACUUGACUGCUACAGAAUGCCCAACGUUCUGCGCUGGUGCACACAGUCUAGGGGAGAAUUGCUGAAAUGUGGAGAUAUGGCUGAAGCUUUCAAUAGCAAAAACCUGACACCGCCAAUUCAGUGUGUAUCAGGAGACAAUCCCAGUGACUGCAUGAAAAAGAUCAAGAAUAAAGACAUUGAUGCAGUUACAUUGGAUGCGGGGCAGAUUUACACAGCUGGAAAGGUAUAUGGACUAGUGCCUGCUGCAGCUGAAAGUUAUACAGGUGAUAAUGAUGGAGCAUCAUAUUAUGCUGUAGCAGUGGUAAAAAAGUCGAGUCAUAAUGCCUUCACCAUCAAUCAGUUGAAAGGAAAGAAGUCAUGUCAUACUGGAUUGGGCAGAACAGCUGGCUGGAACAUUCCCAUUGGUACCCUAAUUGAGAGAAAGGAAAUAAAAUUCAGCAAGUGUAAUAUUGAAAAAGCUGUUGGUGAGUAUUUUUCUGCAAGCUGUGUACCUGGUGCGAAUCAGCCAGCUUACCCAUCAAGCCUUUGUGAAUUAUGCAUUGGAAAUGCUGAAGGAAAGUCAAAGUGUGCUGUCACUACAGAGGAACAAUACAGUGGCUACACCGGAGCAUUCAGGUGCCUUGUAGAAGUUGGAGAUGUAGCAUUUGUAAAACACACAACAGUUUUUGAUAACACUGAUGGAAGAAAUCAGGAACCAUGGGCUGCGAAUCUAAAAUCCACUGAUUACCAGCUACUGUGUCUGAAUGGUGCACGUGCAGAAGUGAAACAGUGGGAGGAGUGUAAUUUGGCUAGGGUUCCAUCUCAUGCAGUGAUGGUCCAUCCUUCCACAUCCAUUACUGCUGUCUUUGGUUUGCUUGAUGAAGGACAGGAUUUCUUCGGGCAAAAUGAUAAUCCUAAUGGCUUCAAGAUGUUUAAUUCAUCAGCCUAUGGUGGAAGUGAUCUGCUCUUUAAAGAUUCUACUGUUAGAAUUAUUUCAGUUGGGGAGAAAACUACUUAUGAAGAUUGGCUUGGAGGAACCUACCUGGAGGCAAUCAAGAUGAUUGAAUGUUCUGGUGCAGCGAUAACAAGGUCAUCGUUGUGUCUACUCAUUUUAAUGCUACUCAGUUUCUUCUUAUAAUCAUCUCCAUGAUUUGCCACAAGACCCAUUUCAGAUCGGAAAUGUGCGGGCAACUCAUCCUUCUUGAACCGAACUACUCGAGGAGAGGAAUUGAAACAAUAAAAAACAAAAACACACUGCAUCGAUAAAAUGAAGCCCAAUAUUUAAAAUGCUACCAGGUUACAAUACAGGCAUGAAAAGCAAUAAAGGUGGUUCAUUUUCCUGAGCUCAGCAAUGUCAUAACAGUUCAGAGAGAUCUCACAGAGUAACUGAUUUAAAGGAGAGUAAUUUGUAGAUUUAAGCAUGUUAUAUGUGGAAGUGGUAGAAAAAUUAUUUGGGGUUGAUCGUGACUGUUUAAAUAGAAGUUCACUGUAUGUAGUAAUUUAUUAGUUGCAUUCAUCAGCAGAAUUUCUGUAAAAGCAGAUGCUACAUCAUUGUGUGCAAAUGCCAUUUAUUUACUGGUAUAAAUAAUGCUGUACAAAUAUUUAGUUGAUACUGUUUACAUUUCAUGGAACAACUUAUACAACAAAGUGAUUUUUGCAGAAUGCUUUACAAUGUAGGUAUGGCCUGUAUAGCAUUUUCAGUGGAAUCUCUUUGAAGCGGUUCUGAUUAGGCAAAUAUGUCAGAACAUAAAAAAUUGUAUGUUACUUAUCUUGUGCAUAUCAUCUCUAAAGGCAUUAACUAUAUCAGUGAACAGAUAUGUAAUUGCUUCUUUCACAAAUAUAUCACACUUUCUCGUUCAAAUGGAAUUGUUCUCCCUGGCAGUUCUGGUUGUUUCAUUAAGUUUAACUUCUACUCAUUGACAUUUAUUCUUUAAACACAAAUUUCCCACAAAACUGUUUUAUCUACAGAAACUUUGGUAAAAGCCCAGAAAACAUGUCCAUUAUAUUUGGAGAGGAGAAAUUUGUAGCUAAGGUGGAGAGUGGUAAUGGAAUGGAAAUAGCCAGGACCUGGGUUACAGAGGAGAUAGGUAUGAGAUAUGGCAAUUCAGAAAAUGAAGAAAUAUAAAUUUAGAAAUGAAUGAAGAAAGGAAAAAGAAACAGGAUUAAAUGAAAAUCUAGCAUAGAUGCAAUGGGCUGGAUGGGUUCCUUUGGCACUGUAUAUCAUAUGAGACAUAAUAUAGAGCUGUCUUAUUUAAAGCUGUAGUUUUCUAAAGAGAUUGAAAAAUCAUCUUUGAUGAGCAAGUUUUAGAAAUCACUUGUGAAAAGUAAUCAAUUUCCUUAUUUUCCCAGUGGAAUUUUAAUGAAAUUUGAGUUAAAAAAAAACCAGAAUCCAGUCAUUUACUUGGUUUCAACCUAGUCUUUUCUGCAAUUAAAUGGGUUCCAAGUUAGGAACUAGCUCAAGGAAUGCAGGGUUAGGAAAUAAAAAUGCAUUAAGAAUUUCUUUUCAGAGGUUGGAUGAGGGUGUAUUGCUGUAACAUUGGAAAUGCCAUUCUGUUCCUUAAUCUUAUUGCAUAAUUAGCGUGAUGCAGACAUUGGAUGCCAGGUAUGUACCCAACUUGGAUGCUUUGCUAACAGCCAUGAUAUAUCUAUCUGUGAUUGAGUUCACCUGAUGUUCUUAAUAAACCUAACAAGAAAA